AUGGCGUCACAUAUAAGCGGUGUGAUCGUCCCCGGGAACAGGGGCGGGAAUGUGGCCACCCACGGCUGGUACGGCUGGGUGAAGAGGGGGCUGGAGCAAAUACCUGGUUUCCAGUGUUUGGCUAAAAACAUACCUGACCCAAUCACAGCUCGAGAGAGCAUCUGGCUGCCCUUCAUGCAGACGGAGCUGCACUGUGACAAGGAGACCAUCAUCAUAGGCCACAGUUCCAGGGCCACUGCAGCCAUGAGGUAUGCAGAGACCCACCGGGUGUGUGCUAUUGUGUUAGUGUCUGCGUACACGUCUGACCUGGGGGAUGACAAUGAACGGGCAAGCGGAUACUUCAGCCACCCCUGGCAGUGGGAGAAGAUCAAAGCCAACUGCCCUCACAUUGUGCAGUUUGGCUCCACCGACGAUCCUUUCCUUCCUUGGAAGGAACAAGAAGUGGCCAACAGGUUGGAAGCCAAAUUGUACAGAUUCACUGACCGUGGCCAUUUCCAGAGCACGGAGUUUCAUGAACUGGUUAGUGUGGUCAAGUCCAUGCUGGAAGUGCCAGGACAGCCAGGGUGGUUCCUGCUGUUCUGCGUAACAACAUGGGAGUAG